ACUGUUACGGUUGGGAAACGAGAAGAUGAUGGAGAAGAAAGGGAAGAAGUGGGAGUUGGAACCAUAGCAUUUUUGACCAAUUUAACACCAAAACAAUCAAAAAGAACAAGACUAGAAGAUUGGUUUAAAGUCAAGCUAGAAAUGCGAUUAUUGGAACAUUUUACCUCCAUUAGAUUUGACGUGCUAUUAAGAUCCAAACUA